AUGUUCCUUCCUAAGACAUUAAUUCUUCUGAUAGUUUGUGAGACCAUAUCUUCCAUUCUUUUGGAGAACAUUGACCAUGGUGACCAGGUCAUCACUAGAAAUGAACUUGACAAGGAAAUCCAAGGUUUGAAAGCAAUCAUUGCACAGCUGAACGCUACCAUUGUCAAAGAGAGAACCCGAUCAAAUGUUGCUUUUGUUGCGGAGCUCUCAAGGAGUAUUACAAAUCCAACAAACAACUUACACAUCGUGUUUGAUAACGUCAAACUUAACGCCGGAAAUGCGUACAACCCCACUCAUGGAAUAUUUGUCGCCCCUUAUCCAGGAAUCUACCACUUCGCAGUGGAAAUUACAGCACCCCCUAAUUCUGACCCUUCUCAUAUGAUGCAUGUUCGUAUUAUGAAGAAAACACAAGCAGUGGCCGUCACCUUUCUUGACUCCAAUACGCAUCAAUAUCUGCGCAGAACCGGAUCUAUUGUUCUGCAACUAAAUGCUGGGGAUGAUGUCUGGUGCCAAACUGAAUUAAUGUCUGGUCAUAACACAAUCUCCGGAGGAGAUACGUACUCGAUGUUCUCAGGGUUCAUUAUACAUCCGAUUUAUUAAACUUUUU